AUGCAGGUCGCGCGCGGCAAGUUCAUCCACGAGAUCCAGCGUCAAUCCGUCUCCCCCGCCCACGCCGACGAGUACCGCUCGCUCAUCGCCGAAUACUUCCCCAAACUCGCCGAAAAGGGCCUCCCCAUGCGUCUCACCGGAAGCUGGGAAGUCAUCGUCGGAGACCUCGAGACCUUCUACCACAUCUGGGAGUACGACGGCUACGCUGGCUACGACAAGGCCAUCUCCGAGCUCCGUUCCGAUCCCGACUUCCAAGAGCUCACCAAACGCAUCCAACCGCUGCUCUCCAACCGCUCCAACUGGCUCACCCAGGAGUUCUCCUUCUGGCCUUCCUCGCCACCCCGCACCACCAACGGUCUGUACGAGCUGAGGACCUACCACCUCAAACCCGGUCACCUUCUGGAGUGGGAGCAGCACUGGAGGAGAGGCCUCGAAGCGAGGAGGAAGUUCGUAGAACCCAUCGGUGCGUGGUUCACCCAGAUCGGCGGGUUGCAUACCGUGUUCCACAUCUGGGAGUAUCCCAGCUUGGAGGAGAGGAAGAAGACGAGGGAUAUGGCGUGGCAGGUCGAGACGUGGAACGACACCGUCAGUCAGACGGUCAAGUUGAUCGACAAGAUGCAUGCGCAGAUCAUGAGGCCCUUGCCGUUCAGUCCUCUCAAGUGA